AUGGACUCGACCCUUUUGAGCUUUGAAGAAACGAUGCAAACUGAUGAAUUAGAGCAUCACACUUUCAACAACACAUUGGUCGACGAAAGUGUGCUUGACGACGAUUGUAUUAUUAUCACUGAUGACUUGGAUGAACAUGCUCUUUUGGAUGAAGUGCCCAAAAUUGAUGAAAUUAAUCAGCAGAAAGAGACAGAGCCGAAGUGUGCCACCGAAAUUGACGAUUUAACAAUUCUUGGUGGAAAACCAGAAGUCACACUAUCAAAAAGAGACGCGACCGAGAAUGGUGACCAUCAAGUUUCUGACUUUCGAACCAUUGAUGAUCAAGCGGCAAUAAGUCGAUUAAUUGAUGAUCUCGUCCAAAAAGUUACUCCAGAAGAAAAUGUUUCAUCCGAUGCUCCUAUCACUACGUCAAAGGCAGAUACGAAUGAGGAGUUUGACAUGGAUAUCAACAAAGUGACAACGUUCAGUGAUUCAAUUCAGCACAACCUCUAUGAGUCUCACUCACAAGAACAAAACCAAGACUGCUUUAAUGGAAUCAAAGAAGCGGAUGGGCACAACAAAGUGCUGGGAUUGACUCGUCCCGAAUUGAAACGGUAUGUUCAUGCGAGACUGAAUGCUUGUUGCACCAAUAAGGAAUGCUUGACGGAAAGAAGGCUCUUAAAACAACGACAUGCAACUGACGAGCAAACGAUCAAAACAUUAAAUAACAAGUUUUCCGAUGUAUUUAUCUUUGCAAAAGACAUGAAUGAGAAGUACAAGCUACUAAAGGAGACUCAUCUGGAAUUCCAAAAGUCAUUGGUGAUACUGCGGUCGCAAGUAGCAGCCUUAACGUCUGAUGAAACGAGCAGUCAAGCACGAUCCAGUCACACGGAUCUUCGAAUUCCUUCAAUGUUGCAACAACGAAAUCACGCUUCUGCUUCACAGAAUGGUGCAAUAAUUUAUGGUAUUAGACCGACCGUUAAUGUUCCUUCUGCUGCACGAUUUGCUCGCUCUCGUCAUCACCAAAACCUUGCUCACCUCGCUUCCGUGCCACUGAUCAAAAAGCCGAAAUUAGUUGAAAAUAAUCCUCCAAUCAAGAUGUCGCAACUAGCAAGUGGGAGUCAGGGAUCAUCACUAUUUAUGGAUGGUUCCGUGAAUGGAUCAUUGCCUCGACCAUCUCUAAAAGAAACUGUAGCGUAUCAAACGCCACUCGUGCAGCUGUUUGGACGCGACAUUGCUAAUAAUGUUCGCAUCAACGUUGAUCUCGGACACAUUGCUCCAAGGGAUAUCCCACUACCGAUGGAAACUAUGGUCUUACCUAAAUCGAUUGACGGACAUCGUCUACCAAGUGUUUCAAGAAAAUCGGAUUACUCACCAGAAAUUUUGGUGACAACGCCAAUCGAAAAUCUGUUGGUCGCCAAAAAGCUACACGCCUCAAUCCGUUACCGAUUACCGAGUACAGUUUCCGCUGCUGAUUGUGCGAUGGGAGUAUUUUAUUAUAUUCGAAGUGAAUUGUUUCCGGAUCGCCCACCAAAUUGGAAGAUUGGACCAUUGAUAUAUGCCUCCGAUCAAGGGAAACCGGCUAAAUUAUGUUUUGAUUUUUCGCAUGAUAUGGCUUUGAAGAUGGAGGGUGUUGUAGCUAUUGCGGUUUUAUUCACGCCAACAGGCAAUCAUGCAAGUGAUGCGCUAAGAUACGAUAUCCCCGACAAGCGUAUGCAAGCGCUUGCUGCAGGCCGCCAAAGCACAGAUUUCUUU